AUGACCACUCUUGAACCAGCCGGACCCUUAGCUAAAUUGACUUUGCCAAUACAGGGUACCCCUACUACCUUCCUGAUUGACACAGGGGCAGCCAGAAGCGUUAUCAGGACUCAGGAUCUACCCAAGCAAGUAACGCUAUCUAACACCACUGUUUCUUGUGUAGGGGUGGAUGGCAGACCACGGGACAACCCAGUGACCUGUCCAUUGCAGGUUGGACCCUAUUCUGGACUAUUGGCUCGUUUUGUUGUCUCAUCUACUUGUCCCUUAAAUCUUUUAGGAACGGAUUUGCUUUACCGACUACAAGCUAAACUUGCUUUCUUACCAGAUGGCUCCAUAACUGUUUCCACCCCAUUGGACCAGGCUGAAGCAACCUCUCUCUGUUCCGUACCCCUUCUUCUCUCCACAGAGUUAACCGAAUUAUCCGAUUCCAGUAUUCCAGCUCAUGUACUGUCCCGCAUUCCUCUAACACUUUGGUCACAGGGUCCGGACGACAUUGGACGUUUACGCGUCCCUCCAGUUACGGUUCGCCUUAAGGAAGGCGCUGUACUACCUAGGAAGCCUCAAUAUCCACUUAAACCGGCCCAGUCCGACUCCAUCAAUAAACAACUGCAGACGCUCCUGGAAAACGGAGCUAUCAAGAAACAAUCAUCGCCCUGCAACACUCCACUUUUUCCUGUCAAGAAAAAAGGCAAAGUGGGAGAACCAGAUAAGUAUCGGCUAGUACAAGAUCUACGCGCUGUAAAUGAAGCUACAGUCAUGGAAACCCCUUUGGUGUCAAACCCUCACACCAUACUGUCCGGCAUUCCCCCUUCGGCCACUCAUUUUACAGCCAUAGAUUUGGCAAAUGCUUUCUAUUCGAUUGCACUGCAGGAGGACUGCCAAUAUCUUUUUGCGUUCACCCAUGAACGACAACAAUACGUUUGGACUGUCCUCCCCCAGGGAGCACAAAAUUCCCCUACCCACUUUUCACUCGCUCUCACCUCCAUCCUGGACUCCUGGAUAUCUUCCCACCCUGACAUUACGCUACUACAGUAUGUGGACGAUUUGCUACUUUGUGCCCCGGACUUACCCACAUGCGAAGAGUCGUCUGCUGAUCUCCUAUGCUUUCUGGCCGACCAAGGGUGCAAGGCAUCUAAAGAAAUAUUGCAAUGGUGCAAAACCACCGUGAUAUUCCUAGGACAAUGCAUCUCCCAAGGUAAAAGACAUAUCACCGACGGCCGCAUACAAACUCUUCGGGACAUCCCACUACCGAGAGGCCACAAACCAUUACACGCUUUCCUCGGUCUCAUUUCUUAUUGCCGGUCCUGGAUUCCCGAAGCUUCCCUUCUGAUGCAACCUCUUUAUGACGUAUUGAAGUCUGACCCUUUCACUAUGACUUCCGCUGCGGAGGACAGUUUUCACAGACUCAAGUCCAUUCUAUCCACAGCUCCUGCUCUGGGCCUACCAGACUAUUCAAAACCUUUCAAAUUGUUUGUCUCAGAACGUCAAGGCCACGCCCUCGGAGUAUUGGCCCAAUCAUACGGCCAACGAAUCCGACCUAUUGGAUAUUUCUCCGGACAACUCGAUAAUGUGGCAAAGGGCAGUCCCUCUUGCAUGCGUGCUGUAUAUGCAGCACAGCUUUUACUAGACAAGACUGCUGAUCUCAUUUUGGGACAUGAGUGUACACUUCUGGCACCUCACGACAUAGCAGCUAUAUUGAAUCAAACCCAACCGAAACACAUGUCUGCUGCUAGACACCUACGGCUACAAUGUGCUGUACUUUUGCCGGACAAUGUCACUCUACAGCGGUGCACUAUUCUGAACCCAUCUACAUUAUUACCGAUACCCGAACAAGGGGGGGUUGAGGAACUUACCGUGAGUUCCCACGACUGUUUCGAACUCAUGCAACAGGAAACAGCUCACCUCCCUACUGUCAGUGACACCGCCCUGGACAAUCCUGACCUCACGUUAUUCGUGGAUGGAUCGAGAUUCUCAGAUGACUCUGGGAAAUUCCAUACUGGCUAUGCUGUCACGACCACUGACUCUGUCCUCGAGGCACAACCGCUACCAGCCUUGUGUUCGGCCCAGGAAGCGGAACUAAAAGCUUUAACAGCCGCGUGUAAACUUGCGGCAGGAAAAAGAGCUAAUAUUUUUUCUGAUUCCAGAUAUGCUCAGGGGGUGGCUCUAGACUUUGGGACUAUUUGGAAAACUAGAGGAUACCUGACUGCCACUGGGUCCCCCAUAAAGAACGGCAGAUCCGUAGCUGAUCUUAUGGAAGCACUUACACUCCCUACACAAGUGGCCGUGCUAAAAGUGAAAGCUCACGGCAGACUCACUUCCCCCGAAGCUGUUGGAAACCAUUUGGCCGAUACCACUGCUAAGGAAAUUGCCAUUGCACCACUACCCGAUGUACCGCCUCUUCCAACGUCCAUUCCUCUACUCCAAGUUACAUUCCUGGACAGUAUUGACAAAUUACAAGCUUGCCAAGCCUCAGCCAGCACCGAAGAAAUAAAUGGAUGGCUCAGCAAGGGGGCUACUUGUAAAGACGGUUUAUAUUCAUGCAACAAAAAACCAUGUAUACCAAGAAGCCUCUAUCCAUCUCUAGUUCAAUGGGCUCAUGGACCUACACACGUUUCAAAGAACUUGAUGAACAACCUCAUCUCUAAACUUUACUUUGCUCCUGGAAUCACCACCCUCACUAGAAACUAUACCGCAGCAUGCACCAUCUGCGCUCAGUGUAACCCAGGUCGCAUGGUAAAACCACCAGCCUUACAUUUGGCUAAACCUCUGUAUCCUUUUCAGCGUAUACAAAUCGACCAUAUACAGAUGCCCAAAUGCGGUAUGUUCGAAUAUGUGCUGGUCGUCGUUGACAUGUUCUCGGGGUGGCCGGAGGCUUUCCCAGUGGCUAAUAUGACCGCUAAAACCACCGCUAAAAAACUACUUUCCGAAAUAGUUUGCCGAUACGGGGUCCCCGAGGUGAUAGAAAGUGAUCAGGGCCCCGCUUUCACGGCAUCUGUUACUAAAGACAUUUGGACUGCUCUGGGAGUAACCCUUCACUUCCAUACACCCUACCACCCCCAAAGUAGUGGUAAAGUCGAACGUAUGAAUGGUACUUUAAAAACAAAAAUGUUAAAAAUGUCCCAGGACUCGGGUAUGUUGUGGCCUGACAGUCUGCCUAUUGCUCUUUUCAGCGUUAGGUAUACACCGAGGGGGGUUAACAAUCUUUCUCCCUUUGAGAUCUUGUUUGGUUGUGCCCCUAGACUAGGUUGUUAUUUCCCACAGACCCUACAGUUACAGUUUGAUGUUUUAAAUGACUAUGUAUGUCAAUUGUCUAAUGAAUUAUCUAAAGUGCAUGGUCAGGUGUUCUCCUCUAUUCCAGAUCCUGCCUCUGUGGAAGGCUCUCAUUCAUUGGUGCCAGGUGACUGGGUUCUAGUCAAGAAAUUCAUUCGCAAAUCUCCUCUCGAUCCCCGGUUUGACGGGCCCUUUCAAGUCCUCCUCACAACUGCCACCUCUGUGAAAUUGGACGGCAAGAACACCUGGAUCCACGCAUCCCACUGUAAAAAGUCCGCUCCUCCUGCCACUCCUGAUAGUGACUCUGAUUCCGCUCCAGACUCCAUCUCACCUGCAUCAUCAUGA